GCGGGGCGAGCGGCGCCGCCGGCCCCACCAUGCCCGGCUUCGACUACAAGUUCCUGGAGAAGCCGAAGCGGCGGCUGCUGUGCCCGCUGUGCGGCAAGGCCAUGCGGGAGCCCGUGCAGGUCUCCACCUGCGGCCACCGCUUCUGCGACACCUGCCUGCAGGAGUUCCUCAGUGAAGGCGUCUUCAAGUGUCCAGAGGAUCAGCUGCCCCUCGACUACGCCAAGAUCUACCCGGACCCCGAGCUAGAGGCGCAGGUGCUGACCCUCACCAUCCGCUGCAUCCACAGCGAAGAGGGCUGCCGCUGGAGCGGGCACAUCAAGCACCUGCAGCCCCAUCUCGGCACGUGCGGCUUCAACGUGAUCCCGUGUCCCAACCGCUGCAGCAUCAAGCUGAGCCGGCGCGACCUGCCUGACCACCUGCAGCACGACUGCCCCAAGCGCCGCGUCAAGUGUGAGUUCUGCACCAGCGACUUCACCGGCGAGGCCUAUGAGAACCACCAGGGCGUCUGCCCCCAGGAGAGCGUGUACUGCGAGAACAAGUGUGGGGCCCGCAUGAUGCGUCGGCUGCUGUCCCAGCACACGCUGGCCGACUGCCCCAAGCGCACCCAGCCCUGCCCCUACUGCACCAAGCAGUUUGUCUUUGACACCAUCCAGAAUCACCAGUACCAGUGUCCCCGCUACCCCGUGUCCUGCCCCAACCAGUGCGGGACACCCAGCAUCGCCCGAGAAGACCUGUCCGGGCACCUGAAGGAGAACUGCAGCACAGCCACUGUGCUGUGCCCUUUCAAAGACGCUGGCUGCAAACAUCGGUGCCCCAAGCUGGCCAUGAGCCGGCACCUGGACGAGAGCACCAAGGUGCAUCUGGGCAUGGUGUGCUCGCUGGUGAGCCGGCAGCGGCAGGAGAUCCAGGAGCUGCGGCAGGAGAUGGAGGAGCUGUCGGUCAGCAGCGACGGGGUCCUGAUCUGGAAGAUCGCAGACUACGCCCGCAAGCUGCAGGACUCCAAAGUGCGCAGCAACUACGAGUUCUUCAGCCCGCCCUUCUACACCCACCGGUACGGCUACAAGCUGCAGGUGUCCGUGUUCCUCAAUGGGAACGGCAGCGGGGAAGGCAGCCACCUGUCCAUCUACAUCCGGGUGCUGCCGGGCCAGUACGACAACCUCCUGGAGUGGCCCUUCUCCUACCGCGUCACCUUCUCCCUGCUGGACCAGAGCGACCCCUCGCUGGCCAAGCCCCAGCACAUCACUGAGACCUUCAACCCUGACCCCAACUGGAAGAAUUUCCAGAAGCCGGGGGCCUCCCGCAGCUCCCUGGACGAGAGCACCCUGGGCUUCGGGUACCCCAAGUUCAUCUCGCACGAGGACAUCAAGAAGCGCAACUACGUGCGGGACAACACAGUCUUCAUCAAGGCCUCGGUGGAGAUCCCGCCGCGAAUCCUGGCCUGAGCCUGGGGCUGGGCGUGGCAUGGAGACGUUACCCGGGGGCCGCAUGGCUCAGCCCGGCCGUCGCUGCCGUCCACAGCAGCCUGGGGCCCUCGUGGUGUUUCCGCCCCAGAGGCCUGGCAGCUCCCUCCUGAGCGGGGACUGUCCCAAGCGAGCUGGCUUGGAGCCAGUGCAGCCCUGGCCUGGAACCGCCCUGGGCCCCGUGGCUGGAGCUGGCCGUGGGGUGCAGGGAGAGGCCCCGCAGACAGUGGGUGGGAAGGAGAGCGGGCCCUGCCCUCAGAGACACAUUCCCAGGGGCUGGUUCUCCAGCCUCAGCACAGUCACGGGGCCCAGGCAGGCUGAUGGCUGCUGCCCGCAGCCUGCGCCCCACCAGCGUGAAACAGCCUCUGUGGGGCAGGGUUGUUCCCCAGCCCCCCUUCACCACCCGCAAGCCCUGGAGCGGGGCCCAUGGCGGGGGAGGGGAAGAGCCAUGCUGUCCAGAUACUGGCAGUGGCCUCACCCCCUGGGAUCUGGGGCUUCUAAGCUGCCACCCCAUUGGCAGAAAGUGGAUCCACCUGAUCUCCACUAUGACCCAAGCUCUCCUCCAAUCAGCUGGCCUGACAACAUUCCCCUCCCCUCCUGAGGAGCAAACAGUGCCUGGAGGGGCCGAGGCCGGGGCCCUCUGGGGCAGGACUCGCCCCUGGGCCCUGCAGCUUAGCAAGGGUCCCAGAGACGCGGGGACAACACAGGAGCCAUGGAGCGGGGCAGGGACCCCCUCCCCGCCCCUCCCAUGAGGCCUUUGCAACGAAGCCCUAAGCAGGGAGCCCCAGUGAGGGGCCCCCUUGUAGCUACCAGCCCCUCGGUGCUCUGGCAAGCCCCACAGGGAGGCACCGAACAGCCAGAGCCUGAUGCCCCAGCAGCAAGCAACUGGCAGGGCCCCCAGGCUCUGCCUCCCUCCUGCUGCCUCAGGGACCCCUGGAGGGCAGAGGGCCCCUCCACACAGAGCCAUGUUCUGAGAGCACCGGCCCCAGCCUCUCCCUUGCGGGCGGGGUGGGGCUGCAUGUGUCUUGUUGCCAGGGAGUCUUCCAUGCCGCUCACUCCGUGCGGGGGCGUCUGUUAUUUAUUGUCCUGGCUGUGGAGCUGCCCCGGCCCUGCUGCCUUCACACUUUUUCAAUAAACUCUUCUUGUAUUUAU